AUGUUUGACCAAGCACAACCCCAUCCCCUCCCCGAGGACUCCAAAAUCGUCAAACGAGACAGUUUCUACCUUCGAUUCGAUUCCUCCAGCUGGUACUGGAACAAGCCCGAGCAGGCGAUCAAGCGCGUGGUCGCCGACGCUAAAGACCUUGUCAGCAAGAGUCCUUCGAAUCCAACCUUUGUGUCCGCCAUGCUUCAACGGUGCAGCGACCAAGAUGCUGAAGUUGCGGAUAGUUUCAUCAUUGGGGCUAUAGCUUCAAACAAGAAAUUGGUCAACGAAGUUGGGGGUCAGCAUCAGGUCCCAGCAUUGCAUUCUGCCAUUCUCGCAAAGAGAAAGGCACUUGUCUGCGAGUUGAUGUCGAAUGGUGCAAAUUUGGAUCUGGCUGAUAAAGAUCUAAAAGGCCCCCUACACUGUGCCGCCGAGGUCGGCGACUUGGACAUUGUCGAGGCUCUGAUAAAGAAUGCGCCGUCUACAUCGCAGGGUGUUGUCGAAUACUUGUUGCGCAAGUUCCCAGAUGCGCAGCAACGCGCAGGCAGUGGUGGGCGAACCCCUCUACAUAUCGCUGCCACCCAUGGCCACCUCAAUGUCGUCAAGAUGCUUCUCGACUACGAGCAUCCUACCGAUGGUCGUCUUACUUCUGUCAAAGAAUCGAGCUCUAGUCAGGCCGAAAGUCUUGCUCGGCCCGUCGCAUCCGUCGCAUUUGGCCCCAUCUUUGACAUCAAUCAGAGGACUGCCGAGGGCCGCACUUCUUUGCACUUGGCCUGCCGCGGCGGUAAGAUUGAAGUUGUCAAGUUUCUACUUGACCGUCAUGCAGACUCAACGAUUUUCUCCUACAAUGGCGAAAGUUGUCUUUGGGAUGCCGCACGUUUUGGCCACCUCCAGGUUGUUCAGCAUCUAUUGAACUAUGAAGCGCUUGCAAGUGGCAUCAACAAGUGGAACUCUUCAGGUAUCACUCUACUAUCCGCAUCGUGUGCUACAAAAAGCCAUCUCGUUGCAGAGGAGCUGCUCGACGCUGGAGCGGACUGUGCCAUCGCCAACAACGACGGUUCAACCCCUUUCACAGAGGCCAUCACACGCAGCGAUUGCAGAUCUAUGUCAGCUUUACUCAAGUCAAAAAGCUUCAAAGAGAAUUCCUUACAAGCCAUCUCAUACAAGGUCGAUGGAGAACCCUCUACCGCCCUUCAUUUGGCCUGUCAACGCCACAAUUUGAACAUGGUCAGGCUGCUGGUAAGGGAACUUCCUCUGAAGCAUCUCCAUGAAAGUCUCAAAGAUGUGCAUGGCAGGACUCCUCUGCAUGAAGCAAGUCGGAUGGGCUAUCAUGGCAUCGUCAAUGUUCUUUUAAGUGAAGGCGCUUCUGUGAACGAGACGGACGGCAACGGUUGGACUCCUCUGCAUUACGCAAGCCACGAAGCGUUGGGGUAUCUUCACGUGCCAUCCGGCUUCAGGAGCAGAGAUGCUUCAUCAGAUGACUACUGGGACAGAGAUGAAAAUGCGUAUGGCUCGGAUGAGAACUACGACGAGACAGUCAAGCUUCUCAUGGGCGCCUAUGCAAAUGUGGAAGCCCGAAACCGCAAUGGGGACACAGCUCUGCAUCUUGCAGCUAUACAGGGUCAUACAAGUCGAGUAUCUUUGCUACUGGACAUGCUACCUACUCCGCCGGAGAGUCUUGGUCUAUUCAACAGCCAGGAGGAGACGCCACUCAUUUGCUCGUUAAAAAACAAUCAUGGUCAAGUUGCCAAGCGAUUGGUCACUGAAAUGAGCAAGGUAGAGUUCCAGGACGAUGAAACACGAGACGAUUACCUGCGUUUCUUGAUACAACAGGGGGAGCAUGCCCUAGUUGCAUCUAUUCUAUACAAAGAGGCCCGUACGAAGCAGCGUCUUCGUCUGGAUUCUGUUACCCAGGGUGAAAAGGCUCUAAUACUAGCUGCGUUUCUUGGCUCUCCAAGACUUGUUUGGUGGUUGCUCCAAAGCAAUGCUUCUUCGACCUCGCUCCGCCAUGAUAUUGAAGCGGCCAGGCUUGUCUGCGCCGACGAAUUCAAGCGUUGUGUCGCCGACGAAAGAGCCUGCGGGUCUGAUCAAAUCAGUAUUAUGAAACAGAAGGAGACCAACAGAUUACUUCAAGAUCUCGGUGAUACCUUGGAGCUCCUACGGAAUCCGCCUCCUCACAACGAACGUGGUCAGAGAUUCGCGCUGAGUGUCCAAUAUGCUGGUGCACGAGAUCAGUCUUCUCAGCUUCUCAAUAAGUAUACUGUGGAGCUGCUAGAUCUCUAUGAAGAUCAGUUCAUUCAGCACUCGACGUCUCUAAGCGAAGCACUCUAUUUACGCAGCCCUUUUGAGAUAAUGAAAGAGCUCUGGACACGAGUUUCGAACUUGGAUGGAAGUCAUGGCAGGUUAUGGCCAACGCCAGCGAAUAUGCCAAGAGAGAUGGCGACUCCAAAUGUGCGGUGGAUUCAUCUCCCUGCAAAUAAUGAUAUGGCAGCAGCAUUGAAUGGCAAUUCUAAAGUUGAACAACUUGACUCCUCGUGGCUCUUUUUCAGUGGGGAGGAAGUUACGGGGAGGCAAGAACGGACAAGCUUCAUGAAGCCACAGUGCACGAUGCGAAGCAGCUCGGGAUCUAACUGUAUGGCAAUAUACAUGCCGUACGUUGCCCCAGCAUGGCGAGGCACAGAACGUUCCUUGUCAGACUACAAGACUCUCCUGCAAGUUUACCAAGAGAAAGGUAGCCUUAUACAUGGUACCAGAACUUUGGAUGAGUACUUCUAUCAUUCUUGCACGGGCUCAGAGUUGGACGAAUCCAUUCAAGUGCUGAAUGACGACCAGGUUCUUACUAAAACUAUUCAUCACGACCAAACCAAGCGAGGAACCAAACUUCAGGUCAAUGUUGACCAUCUUUGGGUUUGGGUUAUUGACAAAGCCACAGUUGUCACAUCCACGACCCAUAGAUGCGACUGGGAGGUCAACCCAAUGGGGGGCGCCAUUGUCGCCGCUCUCCGCGAUGCUAUGAAUGACACUGAAAAAGUGCCCAAAAACGCUUAUGAAAUGGCAGAUUUUAUAAUUGCGAGUUGCAUUAACUCGUUCGAUACACAAUUUUCUAUGACGAGUCAAGAUGAACACCCGAUCCCCCAGGCCCAAUCCUUAUCCGUCGAUCUAUCUGCUUCAGAGACCCUUCGAGUGAACAUCAAGGAAGUAUUUAGUGAUGCCAUUGCUAAAGCGUCCAUUAGCGAAGUUCACCUAUACAACGAAUGUGUCGGUGACAAGCAACACAAGAAGCUUCCCUCCAGUGUUCUCUCGCACUUCCUCAAAAGGGGAGUGGCCCUGCGGAACGCGGCAGCCGUGCUCUCGAGAGAGAUCAAGGAUAUACGAGAUGAGAUCAAGACAAUCCGGCUCGUUGCUGAGCGUCAGAAGACUGUCCAGGCUGAAUUUCGCCGGAUCGCUUUCAAAACAGGCUGUCGUUUUUCCAUACGGAAUAUGGUUCAUGAGCUAGGUAACAUGGAUCAAGCUGCCGAACGAAUCGAAUCGUCGAUCAGAGUCACCUUGGCGAUUCAGCAUAAUGCGAAGGCCAUUGAGCACGCUCGUGUCGCUGUUGGCCAGGGUAGACAUGUGCUAGCCUUGACUGUGGUAGCCAUCGUGUUCGUGCCAGCUUCGUUUUUUGCGACAGUAGCUUCCAUCCCACCUGACAGUGGCAUUGUCACAGAGAUCCUGGCGGGGGCAUUGGCCUUUGGGAUGAUAUAUGGCUUCAUAUUCUCCGGAAUUAGUGAGCAAACAUUCGUGAGGUUGAGGAGAGAUGUGGCGACGUUCUGGGGGUUUCUGGUUCGAGUGGCAGCCUCGACGGCCAUCAAAUGUUGCCGAAGGGUGCCGUUUGGCGGUCAUCUGCGUCGUGCUGCCUGGGCACGUUGGGUCGCUGAGGAAGUGCGCAGAUUGGCUGAUGGCGGUGCUGGCAGUUAG